AUGGCAACUUUAGGUCCGAAAAAGGAUGGUGGUCCUAAUGUGGAUUUCUUUCAAGCGCCAGAAUCACUAGCACAAUUUGAUCAACUUCGUGUUUGGUUACAAAAAAAUUGCAAGAAGCAUGUACAAACAGACCCACCAACAAAAGAGGGCUUGGCACAGCUGGUAAUUCAACUUAUACAAUAUCAGGAGAACAAGCUUGGAAAAAAUGCUUCAGACCCACCCUUUUUGAGGCUUCCGAUACCUUAA